UCCAGCGCCAUUUUCGACAUCGCGGCGGCGGCGCGAUGGCUAUUCCGACCAAGUUCAUCGUGGCAGUGGUGUGCUUUGACCAUCGCAUUGGACCAGAAGUCGAGUUCGUGUAUCCGCCACCCGAGGAACAUCGUGAAGACGAAUCGUGGCAAAACAUUAAGGACGUUCUACCGCUUUUGGCGUUACCUUCACGCCACGAGGCCGCGUCGGACAAAACAUCCUCGACGUGCUUCUUCUUUCACAUACCUUCCAAGGAACAAUCAGUUGCCGUCGAGUCGUGGAAAGGAGUGGCGUAUUACGACGUCAUUCAUCCCCACGCCGUACAUGGUCUGGACGACGACACGUUGGCCAAGUUCAGUCGCGGGGCCAUUCAAAAGUCCGUCGUCGUCGUGUCCAAGACCCCAUAUCAAGCGUACGUCAAGGCUAAGCUCGAAGCCAUGGCGAACCAGUUCUUUGCUCAGAGUUCAUUUGGCGACGUUGGACUGGUGGUGGAACUGCAUGAUGCGCUCAGCUCCGUGGACUUUGAAGCGUUGUCGUGGCCGCAAUUGCAUGUCGGGUUGCCGUUGCCAGCCCUCGUUCGUGCCACGGACGUGCAUUUGGCUGGCCUCUUGCGCUUGCUUUUGGCGGAAGGGCGCAUCGUGUUCUACUCUUCGUCGCCAGAGGUCGUGUCGAGCUCUGUUUUGGCAUUUCUUUCCUUCUUACCUGGCGGCGCUGGCGACUUCCACGCCACGCCAAGUCGUCCACAUGUCCAUCGGUAUCGCUGGGCCAAGUACGGCCUUCCCUUAGCCAUCGUUCACCCAUCCAGUUCGUUUCGAAUCGAGCCGUACUUAAUAUCGACAUAUGCCGCCAUCCUGUUUCAUCAACCAGAGGACACGGGCGGGUUUAUUGCGGGGACGUGCGACCCCAUGUGUCUGAAGUUCAAUCAAGCGAGUACUGCUGCUGCUCCUGUCGUAGACGCCGUCGUCGAUUUGGAUGUCCACCAAGUAGUCUUUCACUCUAGUUCUCGGGCCACCGCCGCAGCUACGUUGGGUUCUCAAACACGAGACUUCUUCAAUCGCAUACUUGCUGCCAACACCGCGUUGCUCCAUGACGAGAGCCGGAUCGACUGGGUUGGGUCGGAAGGGUGGAUUCGCCAACAGGUGCAGGUGUACUUGGAGCAAUUGCUGAUGGAUGUGGCAGUGGAGCCUUGUCGACCGAUGCGAUCGUCAUUCUGGAACUUGUUAACGUCGUCGCAGAUCGAAUCGCAAGUGUCCGCUGAGCACAACCCCGCGUGGCUACAGCUCUGGUACGGCACUUUCAACUACAACCAGUGGCGGAAAAGCCAUCGGUUGCACGACCACACAACACUACCACCACCACUGCCGCCACCACCAUCAUCCGGAAAAAGGUCGUAUACGUAUCCGAACGGCGACACGUACGAAGGCGAGUUUGUCGACCGAAAAAGACAUGGACAAGGCACAUAUGUUGUGGCGAACACGAGCUUCUCGUACGACGGACACUGGGCACAUGACCUUCGGCAUGGCGUCGGGACUUUGAGGUCGAUGCAAGGAAUGUACUGUGGCGCGUGGGUACGGAAUGAAAAGUGCGGGCACGGCGAGUUCUCCAGCGUACACGAAACAUAUACAGGCCAGUGGCGCCAUAACGUGUAUCACGGCCAAGGAAAGUUAAUCCAACCUCAAUGGGACUAUGAAGGCGAAUUCAGUCAUGGACACUUCCACGGCAUGGGCAAGUGCACGUUUCGAACGCACUCUGAAUGGAAGCGAUAUCGCGGGGAAUGGUGCCGUGGCGAGUUCCACGGGUUCGGGACGCUCGAAUAUGGAAAUGCUGAUGUGUACGUCGGCGAUUUUAUUUCUGGCAAGCGCCACGGCCAAGGCACAUUGACCACAGCUGGCGGGUCUUCGUAUUCCGGCGAGUGGAAGGGCGACAUGCAAGACGGCCACGGACGGUCCUACUCGAGCGUGUCGGGGGAAACCAAGGAAGGCACAUGGAAAUGCCAUCAACCCGUCGAAGGCAAGCAUGCCGAAUGGGUCAUCUUAUACCCCAACAACGACAAGUUUAUCGGCACCACUCAGUCGGGACGACCGUGGGGGCAAGGCAUAUGCCGAUAUGAAAACGGGUCAGUGUACACGGGAGCGUGGGUCGAUGGACUUCGCGAAGGGCUUGGUAUUUUCUGUGAUUAUCAAGGACGGACGUUUGAAGGCGAGUGGCGCAACAGCCAGCCGUGGAAAGAGCAGUCUAUCUCGCCCUAUGUGGAUGUAUCCUUGGAGGAUAAAACUACUAUAGACGGUCAAGCAGACCUCGUGCCGCCGACGGAGGAUGGGGUGCAUGUGUUUGUAUAUGCGAAUGGAGAUGUAUAUUCCGGCACGUUUCGAAAGGGCUGCCGUCACGGGGUCGGCAAAUACACGAGUAAACUCUCUCGACAUGUGUAUGACGGUGAAUGGGACAUGGACCAACGGCACGGCCAAGGCAUCCUCACAAGUGGUAGCAGCGACUUCAUUUAUGACGGCGACUGGUGUCGAGAUACCCGGACAGGCAAAGGCACGUGUGUGAUUCGAGGAGCUGAAACGUACACGGGCGAUUGGGAAGAGAACCGAUUUCACGGCAUGGGAAUGUACACAGCCGCUGACGGAAGUGUGUUUGAAGGCGAGUUUGUCCAUGGUAUCAAGCAAGGGAUGGGCAAGCUAAGUACCGCCGACAACCACGUCUAUCACGGCGAGUUUGUCCACGGAGAACGAUGCGGUGUAGGUACUUGUACGUAUGCAAACGGGGACGUGUAUACUGGCGAAUGGAAGGCCAAUCAACGGCAUGGAGAAGGCACGAUGGUAUUUAGAAACGGCGAGCGCUACGUCGGUCAAUGGGCCAACAAUGUUCGCCAAGGAUAUGGCUGCCACAUGGACGCCAAAGGCACGACGAAGGACGGGGCGUGGCGCGGCGACUUGCCGGUGGAUGGCGACUGGCAUAUUCAGUUUGCGAGCGGCAGUUCGUACAAUGGGGAGUGUGUCGGUGGCAAGCCCCAUGGUCAUGGCGUGUGUAAAUACACGAAUGGGGACGUGUACAGCGGCGAAUGGAUGGAUGGGGCUCGAAGUGGAUGGGGCGUGUGUGUGUUUGCAAAUGGCCACGUGUUCCAAGGCGAGUGGACGGCUAAUCACGUGUCGUUGAAUGGAAAGGGCACGUUGACCAUGGCGAACGGCACAGUGCACGCGUACGCCCAGUGACCAGCCUAGUUAAGCUGUAGCAGCCUUGAAGUGAUAUUAAACCCCCAUGUGUAUUUUCAAUCAAGUCCUA